AUGUUUAGAAAUGUUGUAAUAACGGUGAAGAACACUAUAAGGAAAUUAAACCAAUCAUAUAAAUAUAGGGGCCAGUUUUUACGACUACAGCACAAUUCAACAAUGCUAAAUCAUAAUAAUAAUAAUCAUCAUCAUCAAUAUCGAUCAAUUACCAAUUCUAAACCUUCAAGUCUAUCAAAAUACCCAAAAUUCAACUCUACACAUGGUAAAAACUCAUUAUCGAACAACCAUAUAUCAUCUAAACAAUUGACUAAUAUUAGUCUAGAUCAAAUACUAUUGAAUAUUUCCAAAUGUAAUGAUUAUAAUAGUUUAACUAAAUACAUUUCUACAAUUAACCAUCAAUACCUUAAUUCUCAAAAUUCAAUUCUCCAACUAAUAACCAAAUGGAUCAAAUUUAAUAAUAAAUUUAAUAAUAAAUUACCUAGUUUUAAUGCAUUAAAUGGGAUUUUUGAAUCUUUAAUACGACGACAACAUGAAGUCACCACUACCAAGAAUAUCAAUUAUGUUUCAAAUUUAUUAACAUUAUAUUUAUAUUUAUAUCGAUUUAAUCAUCUGGCAUUGAAUAUACUCCCAUUAAAUUUGAUUUGGAUCCAAUAUGGUAAUCGAUUAAUUUAUAAUAUUUAUUUCAUAACAUAUUUGGAAAAUUUAUUUAAUACAAAUCAAAAUCAAUUAUGUAUAACUACAUUAAUUAAUAAAUUGAAAACUUUUCAAUUUGAUCAAGAUAUGGAGGAAAUAAAAAUAUUGGAAAAUAUACCUCGACUGAUGAUUUUAUAUAUGAUUGAAAUGAAAAAUUUUGAUUCAUUAAAUUUCCUAAUAUCAAGAUUUUUAAUUCAUAAAGUGGUUAUCGAUAAUGAAUUAUGGAAUUUAUUAUUACAAUUAGGAUUAGAAAAUAAUAAUUAUCAACUUGUUACAUUAGUUUAUGAUAAUUAUAUAAUGAAAGAUUUUCAUCAAGGGAAAAUCACUCUUGAUGAUAUAAUUUUAAAUACUAAAUUGGUGUCCCAAAACUCGAAUAUUGACUUACAAUCAUUUGGAGAUUCUUUAAUUUUCCAAAUUUUACAUACUAUAUCUAUGAAUGGUGAUAUUAAAAGAACAGAAGAAUUAAUAACUAGUCAUUUCAUAUAUAAAUCAUUAUCAAAUAUGGAUCAUGGAUUGAGUAAAGAACUUUGUAUUAAAAUUAUUGAAAGUUAUUGUUAUUACAAGCCAAAUAACAUCAAGUCAUCGUCAUUCAAUAUUCCUGAUAAUAGUGUGAAGGAAAUAUUGUCAUUGAUUGAUGUUAUGUUAGAUAAUCAAAAAGAUCUUUCAAGUAUUGAUUUUUUUGAAUGUAUGAAUUAUAAAUUCAAGAAUUGGACCAUAACGUCAUUCAAUGAAAACAAAUCAGACUCACAACAACAACACCAAGAAGAAGAAGAAGAAGAAGAAGAAGAUAAAAAGGAAUUACCAUUAUUGCAAGGGAAUAAAAAUUUACAUAAUUCAGAAUAUGGUAUCAUAUUAGCCAAUUUAUCAAAUUUACAUGAAUUCAUCAAUAUUCAUAUGAAUUAUAUGGAUGAAAAUAAUCAUAAAUUAAAAACUAAAACCAUUUUCAUUAAUUGUUUAUUAAAUCAUAUUAUGAUUUUUUUGAAUCAUAGUGGAAUAGUUUCUUUAUUGAAAAAUUUACAUUAUUUAAAAGGUUCAUCAAUUAUUAUCACUAAUAAUUAUUUAGAUUCUAUAUCUUGGAAAUUAAUCCUUAAAUCAUUAUCUGAUUCAACUUCGAAAAAAUGUGGUAAAAUAUAUUAUAAUUAUUUGAAAACAAGACAAAAUGAUAUAGAAAUAACUCCUAUGAUGUAUUCACAAUUGAUAAUGACUUGUAUGAAUGGUGAUAGUAACGGUUACUUUCAUGAUGUUUUAUUUUAUAUUAUAGAAUAUUUUAAACAAUAUUCUAAAUUAUCAAGUGAAAUUAAAGGAGUUUUAGAUUAUGGUGGUCAAUAUGAUAUAAAUGUGAAAACUUUAUUAGAUAAUAUAAUCAAUUGGCAAAAUUCAAAUGAAAAUAUUGAAAUAUUAUUAUCAAAAUUAAAAGAUAUUCAAUUAAAACCUAUUGAUAAUCCUAUAAAACGUCAAUAUUUGGAAAAAUAUGAUUCAAGAGAUUCAGAAACUUUAAUGAAAAUAUUUCAAUAA